AUGAUCAUUCCUCCACCUCCUUUCCAAGUGCCACCUCCACCAAUUAACAUUUCACCCAGCACUACUUCUUCCUCAACCACCACAACACCUCUUCCGCCACCACCUCCUCCUCAACUUCCUUCUUCAUCCAUUGCUGAUCAACGAAAGAAAAAGAAGAGAUUUAAAUUAGUUCCACCUAGUGAUAAUCAGGUGCCACUUUCUAAUCCUUCCAUUCCUAAACCUCCAUUGCAUAUUUCGUUUGGUGGAUCAAGUUUCGAAUUGGGAUAUCAAAAGACUUUGUUAAUGCUUGAUUUGGAUCCUGCCACAAAGUAUUCACAAGAUGGAGGAUUAGACACUAGUUUUGAAUUUGAUUGGAAACCAAUUCAAACAGAGAAUAAUCAAGUGUUUGAUGAAAGUAAUUUUACUUGCAUGUUUGGGAAUAUAAUCUAUUCGAAACGUAAUCAAGCAAUUUAUGUAUUUGGGAGAGGAUGGUCUAAACCAUGGAUCGCUGAAUUGAGCUUGAAAACACUCAAAUGGAAAAAGAAAGAUGUCUCAAUUAAUCAUGUCUUUCCAUCUGUGAAAUAUGCAGUUUCCCAAGACAGUGAAAACUUUUUAUUAUGUAUGGAAGGUGAUUAUUACAAUAAUCCACCAAAAUUAUCCAUGUUCAAGUUUAGUGAGCUGGAAAGGAUUUUCUCAAAGCAGGAGAAGGAGGAAUUACUAUUAGGAGAUAGAUCCUGUUUCACUUUGAAUGGCAAUUUUCAAGCAAGAAUGACAGCUCCAUUGUCAAAUGAAAACAAGACAAAAAUUAUAUCUAACUGCCCUUAUAUUGGUGAACCAGUAUAUCCAUGUGCUACUGAGUUGAUGAAUGAUUCAAACUCAAAGUGUGUUCUCAUUUCGAGUGGAGAUAAGUAUUUCAACUUUAAUGUGGAUAAGAGAACACCAAAAUCAUUGAGAUAUUCCAAAUCAGCUAUUGAAAUGAAUUACCACAAGUUGUUUGUUCCAUAUUUGGCAUAUUUCAAAACAAGAAGAGGUGAAAAUCAAGUAGUUCACAUUAUUAAUAAUGAUAUUCUCUUAAUUUUGAAAUUGGAUAACAUUGUUCCGACCUAUGCAUUCAAUAACAAGUUGACAGAAGCUCAUUUUAGUGAUGUCAUUGUCGAAUGUAAUGCCACCACCAAUCACUAA